AAAGGAAAACUAAAUGUGUUUUAUUGCUUUUUCAUCUUUCUAUAUCUAUUUAAGCUUUUGCAUGUGCGUUGGUUUUUCUUAUCUCUAAUGGCGACAGAUAAUAGAAUUCCAAAACCUUCAAAGUGGUUCUCUAACAAGAGUCUUAGAUUAAGCCUCCAUCGUCGCAGAUCAAAGUCUAGUUCAACCCUAAGCUCUCCUUCCUCUCCUAUGUCUCCAUGCACACCACAAAAUAACUCAAAAGAAAAUGAGCUGAAAGAGGUUUUUCGUCACUUUGAUAGCGAUGGGGAUGAGAAGAUCUCAGCCUUAGAGCUUAGGUCUUACUUUGGGUCAAUUGGGGAGUACAUGUCUCAUGAGCAGGCUCAAGCAGUAAUAGAUGAUCUUGACUCAGAUGGGGAUAAGUUAUUAGACUUUAAAGAUUUUUUGAGCCUUAUGAAAAGGGAAGCAAAUGAAGAAGAUGAUGAUCUUAAAAAGGCCUUUGAAAUGUUUGAAAUGGAGAAGGGAUCAGGAUGCAUAACCCCAAAGGGAUUGCAGAGGAUGCUUCACCGUCUAGGAGAUGCAAAAUCCUAUGAUGAAUGUGUGGCCAUGAUCCAUGUAUUUGAUACAGAUGGUAAUGGGGUUCUUGAUUUUCAAGAGUUUCAUCAAAUGAUGGCUUAAUUCACAAUUAAUUCUACAUUGUUAGGAGCAUAAAAAUGAAAAGAGGAAGAUAAAGAAAGGCCAGAGAUCCAACUUCUUAAGGCCAGAGAUCCAACUUCUUUUUCUUUCUUUCUUUCAUUACGUUUAUUAUUUUUAUUAAUUGUUAUGAAAAUUCUUGGUCUUUGUUUGAGAUUCCUAGCAUAUGCACCCAUGGCAAUAAUUGCUUGUCUUUGUACAGUUAAGUUUGAAAAUAAAGCACAGCAUGAGGUUUGAUCA